AUGUCGUUUGGUCUCAACAUUGUUGGUGCUACUUAUAUGAGAGCUAUGACGAAAAUCUUUCAUGACAUUAUCCACAAAGAGAUUGAGGACCACUUGACGCAUUUUAAGAAAUUCUUUGAUCGUCUGCUUCGUUUCAACUUGAAGUUAAAUCCCACCAAAUGCGCUUUUGGGGUUCCAAGCGCGAAUCACCAAGAAAGAGGUAUUGCAGCAGUUUUAGCGUUAGAAUCUGGUCAGCACUAUUCCAUAGCAGCUAAACUCCAAUUUAAUUGCACAAACAACAUGGUUGAAUAUAAAUCUUGUGUACUUGGUUUGAAAAUGGUCAUUGACAUGAAUGUACAAGAGUUGUUGGUUAUUAGAGAUUCAGAUUUGUUGAUUCAUCAGGUUCAAGGAGAAUGGGGCGUGGAAAAUCUUAAGAUCAAGUUAACAAAGAAUGAGUUGGUUGAUGCUUUUGCUACCAUCACUUCAAUGAUUAAACAUCUGGAUACUGAUUAUAUUGAUCCUAUGGAUAUAGAGCUCAAAGAACAUCCAGUCCAUUGUUCGCAUGUUGAAACGGAACAAGAUAGUUUGUCAUGGUAUUUUGAUAUUAUGAAGUAUUUGGAUCCUGGGAUUUACCUGGAUAAUGCAACAUUUAAUCAGAAGAAGUCGAUACACUGUUUUUCCCUCAACGUCUUUCUAAGUGGAGAAUUCCUUUAUAGGACGACUCUAGAUUUAGGUUUUCUCAAAUGUCUCGAUGUUGUGAAGCUAAGAAACUUAUCGAAUAGAUACAUGCUGAAGUUUGUGGUACGCACAUGA